UGGCAGGAAUCUGGGUGGGAGGGCACAGCCGGUGAAAUUUGAAUUUCGGAGUCACGCCGGGAAACAGAGACGUUGAGACACAGCAGGGAGGAAAAAAGUCUUUGUCACUCUUUGGAUCCGGCCCCUGGCUGUGUGGAUGGAUGCUGCUCCUUUUCCUGGCUAGAAUUCCUGGGAAUCGCCUCCGACAGAUUUUUUUUUUCCCGCAAGCAUCCUGCCUUCAUUCCUCAUGUGAGCAGCUGCGUUUUUCCCCGUUUCACGUGGAUGGCAUUCCCGGGGCUGGCAGCUGAUGCGGGAAUAACUUUGCCUGUUCGGGACAGCGUUUGGUGCCGAUCUCUGAAUCCCUGGGGACUCUCCUGGGAGUCGGGCUCAGGGAGGAGGUUCAGCUCCUGCAAAUCGUCUGCGGUGCCGAGAAAGCCGAGUUUGGUUCCCAAAGUUUCAGCCCGGUUCCUGCUCUCUUCCCUCCUCAAAACGUGUUGAAUCUCGACUCAGGAUGCUGCCGGGGCCACACUGAUGGCAAAGAGGCAGCUUUAGGAGGAGGAAACUGAUUUUUUGGUGAAUAAAUUGGUAGCGUUUGGAAGAAGAGGAGGAUUUGUUGGCUGAGUGUUGCCAUUGCACGUGGGACAUGAACCACCUGGAGGAAGGGGUGGAGUUCCUCCCUGCCAUGAACUCCAAGAAGAUGGAGAAGAGGGGUCCCAGGAGGCGGGUGGUCAUCUCUGUCCUGAUCCUUGUGUUCCUGCUCAUCUCCCUUCUCACUGGGCUCCUGGUUUGGCACUUCAAAUACAGGAACGCCCCUGUCCAGAAGGUUUUCAAUGGCCACCUGAGGGUUCUGAAUUGGGAUUUCCUUGAUGCUUAUGAGAACUCCAGCUCACCAGAGUUCCUCAUGCUGGCCAAGAAGGUGAAGAGCACGGUGGAGGAAAUCUACCGGAAUCACCCAGAUAUUGGCCCUUACCACAAGGAGACAGUGAUCACUGCAUUCAGCGAGGGCAGUGUCAUUGCCUACUACUGGUCGGAGUUCCUCGUCCCCAAAUACCGGGAGGAGAGCCUGGACAGGGCCAUGGCAGACAAGCAGAGCCUGGUCCAGAGGUGGAACCCCCGUCUGCGCAACCCCAUGCUGAAGGUGGAGUCGGUGGUGGCUUUCCCUGCUGACCCCAGCAUAGCUAACUCAGCCCGGGACUAUAGCUGCAUGUUUGCCCUCCAUGCCAAGGAAGGGGAGGUCACCAGUUUCACCACCCCAGGCUUCCCCAACAGCCCCUACCCCAACAAUGCCCUCUGCUACUGGGCACUGAGGGCAGAUGCCAACUCCAUCAUCAGCCUGACCUUCAGGACCCUGGAGCUGGAGGAGUGCAGAGAUGACAGUGACUACAUCAAGGUCUACAACUCCCUGAGCCCCGUGGAGCCCCACGCUUUGGUCAGGCUCUGUGGGAAUUAUGCCCCUUCCUACAACCUGACCUUCCUGUCCUCCCAGAACGUCAUGCUUGUCACUUUGGUUACCAACAAGGAGGGGAGGUUCCCUGGCUUUAAGGCAGAGUUCUUCCAGCUCCCAAAGGUGACAGCCUGUGGUGGGACCCUGAAAGGAGAGAGUGGCAGCUUCACCACUCCCUUUUACCCAGCACAUUACCCUCCACUCAUGGACUGUGUCUGGAACAUCGAGGUUCCCUCUCAGAAGAACGUGAAGGUUCGUUUCAACACCUUCUUUGUGCUGGAGCCUGGGAUCCCCAUCACCUCCUGCACCAAGGACUAUGUGCAGAUCAACAGCACCAGGUACUGUGGGGAACGUUCCCAGUUUGUGGUGGCCAGUUCAACCAACAAAAUAGAGGUCAAGUUCUUCUCAGACCAGUCCUACACAGACACAGGCUUCUCUGCUGAGUACCUCUCCUACGACUCCAGCGAUCCCUGCCCUGGGAAGUUCACCUGCAACACUGGGCGCUGCAUUGACAGGAGGAUGCGCUGUGAUGGGUGGCUGGACUGUGUGGAUGGCAGUGAUGAGAGGUCCUGCACCUGCACCGAGCAGCAGUUCCGCUGCCAGAACGGAUGGUGCAAGCCCAAGUUCUGGGUCUGUGACAAUGUCAACGACUGUGGGGACAACAGUGACGAGCUGCAGUGCAGCUGUUCAGCUGGCAGCUUCAAGUGCAACAAUGGGAAGUGCAUCCCCAGCAGCCAGGAGUGUGACGGGCAGGACGACUGCGGGGACGGGACCGAUGAGGGCACCUGCAGCCCCGGGAAGGAUGUCCCCCCAGCAGUGACCUGCAAGGAACACACCUACAAAUGUCGGGACGGGCGCUGCAUCAGCAAACAGAACCCGGAGUGUGAUGGGGAGCAGGACUGUGAGGACAACUCAGAUGAGGAAAACUGCAACUGCGGGCUGCGUUCCUAUGUCAGGAAGUCACGGAUCGUCGGGGGCCAGAAUUCGGAUGUGGGAGAAUGGCCCUGGCAGGUCAGCCUGCACGUCAAGGGCCAGGGCCACAUCUGUGGGGCCUCCCUCAUCUCAGAGAGCUGGCUGGUGUCAGCAGCACAUUGCUUCCUGCAGCUCCAGGGCAUCAGGUAUGCAGACCCCAGUCUCUGGACAGCCUAUCUGGGUCUGACUGACCAGGGCCACCUGGAUGGCCCCAACGUUCAAAUGCGGAAGAUCAAACGCAUCAUCUCCCACCCCCACUUCAACGACUACACCUAUGACUAUGACAUUGCUGUCAUGGAGCUCCAGACCCCCGUCACCUUCUCCUCUGUUGUCCAACCCAUCUGCCUGCCUGAUGUCACCCACACCUUCCCCGUGGGCAAGGACCUGUGGGUGACCGGCUGGGGAGCGACCGUGGAAGGGGGCACUGGAGCCCCCAUCCUGCAGAAGGCAGAAAUCCGACUCAUCAACCAAACUGUCUGCAACGAGCUCCUGACUGACCAACUGACCCCACGGAUGAUGUGCGUGGGCAUCCUGAGUGGCGGCGUGGAUGCCUGCCAGGGUGAUUCUGGGGGUCCUCUGGUGAGUGUGGAGCCCAGCACAAGGAUGUUCCUGGCCGGGGUGGUCAGCUGGGGCGAUGGCUGUGCCCAAAGGAACAAACCCGGUGUCUACAGCCGUCUCACCAGCCUCAGGCCCUGGCUCCAGCAGCAGACAGGGCUCUAGGAGCACAGACACCUCCACUGGGAACUUGAAUCCUCCCUCUACCUCGUUGCAAACCCCCCCUGGGACCCUCCCACCCAGAGCUCCUGGGUCUCCAACUGGGAAAGGGCUUCACGCGCCGCCAAGGGGAUGCGACCAACCUGGGUGAGCAGCCCCCCAGCCAAGAUAGAGGAUGGAAAGCUUCAUUUUUUGUAAUUCAUGUAGAAAAAAAGAUAAGAUAAACACUUGGUGUAUCAGGGAAACUAUUGGACAAGCUAAAAAACAUCUUCCUAAAUUUUUAAUUUGUUUUCAGACCGCCAUCCACGCCCCUUUCUCUGCUAUUGAGGAGCAAUAGGGGGGAAGGGGAAGGGGAAAGGAGUUUUUAGCCUUUUUACCAUUUUUUUCUGACAUUCCACACCCUCAUCUCUGUCCAGUGUCACCAAGUCCAAGAGUGUGGAGCUGAAAGAGAAAGGUGGUGGCAGCUGCAGAGCCAGGGGGUGGGUGCCCAGCUCCCAGCUCUACACCCAUUGGCAUCACCCAAAAGUGCCCUUAAGGCUCCAGGAGCUGGUGCUGAGCUCAGGGACAUCCCCUGCCCUGCACUGAUGCCAUCCCUGGAGCUUCUCCCCAACAAAUGUUAGCUCUGCUGGGAAAAAAAAAAAAGCUUUUUUCUCAAAAAAGAAAAAAUCCCAAAACAAACACAACCCUGUGACUUGUGAAUGUAUUGAUUUUAUUUUAUUGUGGUUUUUUUCUAUGUAGCCCAUUCCUUGCCCACAAAGAGCACACUUGUGCUGAGCUUAGUUACCCCCCCCCCUUUUGCCUGUAAAUAAAUUGUUUUUUUUGUAAAACUCUCU